AAAGAAGAUAGCAUUGAUUUCCCCCUUUCGGGUUGCCGAGUUGAGGCGGAUUGGAGAGGAUGCAAAUGGCGAUGCAAAUUACUACCGACUCAAACUCAGACGACGCUGCUGCUGCUGCUGCGAUGUGGACAGAAAUCGAGGCUUCAGAGAGGUAAUGGAACGAAUGAAAGCGGCAUCCUUAGCUUCCUCUAUAUUGGAACGCUUGCGUCAUGGAUCCCUUGCAACUGUAGAUAUGUUGGAAUCGACUGCUAUGGUGCUGCUUCAGGCAUCCAACCAUCUUCCAAGGAAUCCGCAUAUUCUUGAUCAACUUAGACUACACUUCGUUUCAGUCAAAGCUAUUCCUCCCCGCGUUCUUCUUACUGGAGUUUGUUUUCAAAUUGCACAAGGUUCUGUGCUUGGUGUUCAAGAAUUUCUUGAGGAGUUUCUUGAUGGAUGGAGUCUUGAAGAUGCACAUUAUUGUGCAGUUAUUACAGAGACAAAUGUAGAGGGUGAAAGUACAGAAGAAAGGCAUUUUGUUCUUGAAAUUCAUGAAUAUUUGGAAGUUGUUGAGGUCUAUGCCAUCACACUUCUUGCAACAGUUCAAAAAAAUGUAGAUCUUGCUAUUUCUUGGGUUGAGAGUGCUUCAUUGCCCGAAGAAAAUCAGCAGGGACUUAUGAGAAGGUUACACUCCAUGCAUUCUUCUAAAAGCACCGUUUAUUCAUCAAUUUCUUUUCCUCGGUCGCCCACAAAUAGCAAUGAAGAUUAUUCUUUAAAAGAAAAAAAUAUGUCUGAAGGAGUUCCAAAAGCCUUGAAAAGCAAACGUCUAGACAAUGAAAAGGAUAGGUCCAAAAAGGCUAUUAUAAAAUUGUCUGAACGAAUAGAAGCAUGUUACUGUUGCUUCCGUGGUAUCAAUUUGAAGAUUGGCACUACUAAGUUUGUGAUAACUAGCGGGAAGAUCAUGCUUGGUUGUUUAAUAGUGUUCGUCUACUAUGUUUUCAGAAAGAAGCAAGCCACUGUAAAAAGGAUCGUAAGAAGACAGGCUAUCUCCAUUAAGAGGGCUUUGGUAGAUUUGUGGCAGCUUGCAUUUUCGUACCAAGUAAAUCCUCUUGCAGCUGUUCAACCACUGUCUGCUGCAUCACGUCAUGGUCAGUGA